UCAGUGAUAAUCUGAAUUAGUCGUCGAACAGCUGUUACACUUGUAGGAAGAACAAUUCUUCGAUAGCAAUUCCGGAUUCCUAAUCGGAACGUUGACCUUCCAACCAGAUACUCAAGAUAAUACUGGAGGUGGACAAUUACGGAAUUGCUAGACCGAGUCUAAAGGUCAAAGUACAAAGGGCUUUCUUUUGUGAUGGGAACCUUGUCACUCAGUGAUUUUCAAGAAGUGAGAAUCCCUGCUCCUUGGGGUCACAUCGCAGGACGUUGGUAUGGCAAUCCAAAGGAACGACCGAUCCUCGCAAUCCACGGAUGGUUGGACAAUCUGGGCAUUCCCUUACUCCCCGAUUAUAUAGGGGUACUGUGCAUCGAUCUUCCCGGACACGGAAGGUCAUCUAGCAUUCAGCCGGGGAUGCACUACUCCGUGCACGAUUACGUCUACAUUAUUCCCCGAGUUAUGAGAGAGUACGGCUGGUCGAAGGUGUCCCUAAUGGGUCACUCAUUGGGUGGCUUCUUGAGCUUUAUUUAUACUUCGGUGGCUCCGCACACCGUGGAUAUGGUUAUAUCCCUGGACGUCUUACUGCCUAGGUCAGUGACUCCUAAACAAGCGGUGGACGUUGAGGCUCAGAACAUGGAGAAGUACCUCGUUGAAGAAGAUCGUCAAGUGAGGGGUGAUCUUCUUGAACCCCCAUCUUACACACUUCCUGAUUUGACGAAAAUCGUUGUCAAGAGGAGCUUAAAUUCUGUGACACCAGAGUUGGCCAAGCACCUUCUUCAUCGCCAGGAGGAAAAGUCCCAACUGUUUCCAGGCAAGUUCUACUUAUCCGGGGAUGUACGGGUAAAAUUCUACCGUCUAUGGAAACUGGAACCUGGCCUUUCCGAAGAGAUGACAAGAAGAAUCCUGAAAAAUCCUUUCUUGUUAAUUAAGGCAUCAAAGUCUUCCUUUGUCGGAGCUCAAUGUGAGUAUGCCAUAUCUAUCCUGAGCCAAAACAACCCCCACUUUGAAUUCUACGAGGUGGGUGGCGGUACCCAUCACAUCCAUCUUAAAUUCCCUGAAGAGUGCGCCCGUUACAUAGUGCCCUUCAUUCGGCGACAUCGACCUCCGACUCGAAGAUCUGAAGAAAAACUUAAGUCUCAAGAAAUAUUCUUUAAGAGGAGUCAAAAUAAUCAAAGCAAACUGUAAAGAAAUUUACAAAGUUAUAUGACCAUAGAAUUGCACGCUAAGAAGUUGUGAUUAAAGAGGCAAGAAAAUAAUAUCGGUAUCUAUGCAUCAAGAUUAAUUAUAGUUAUUAUAUAAGUUAAUAAAGCUUGACUAAAA